AUGGAUCAAAUAAAAACUGAGGCCACCUGUCUACCAGCUGGUAGAUAUGAAUUCAAAGAUUCUGGAUUAUAUAUUGGUGAAUGGUUGAAUGAAAAAGCUGUUGGUUUGGGUUUAAUUACAAAAGAUAAAUGCCAAGGCGAGUAUACAGGUCUAUGGGAUUCUGGUUCUGAGAAAAGUGGUGUCUUCUUAUGGCCUAAUGCACCUGGUGCUAUGUACGAAGGGGAAUGGGCACAAAAUCGACGCAAUGGAUAUGGUAUAUUCACAAGAGAGGAUUGGGUAAUAAUGGGGCGGUUUAAAGAUGAUUUUAUCACGCUUGGAAUAAAGUGUAAAGAGAAUUCAAUUGGGAGAUUUGAAGGAGAAUUUGAAAAUGGUUUUCCAAGAUUUGGCGUUGAAACAUACGCGGAUGGAGGAAGUUAUGCAGGUGAAUACAAAAAUGGUGUUCGUGAAGGACUUGGUGUCCGCCAAUCGAUACCAUAUGGUGAAGUGAUAAAUUUCUUUCCUGAAGAAGCUGCAAUCGCCGCUGAAAUGGCACUGGACAUGAAAAAGAAGGCAGCUCUACAAAGUCUACUGCAUUCAGCUCAUCAUAGUCAUGGUGGUCAUCACCAUCAUCAGCAGCAACAACAUUCUCAGCAACAUCAUAACUAUCAGAAUGACAAUCCCAAUAUGAACAGUGGUACACGUCGGGGGAGUUUAAUUAGUCAGAGAUCAGGUGAUGCAGCUGAAUUAGAAGAUUUUGAUUUAAGCGGACAAGAUGAUAAUGAAGAGGAGCCGUAUUCAGGCAGACGUCCAAAUCCAUCUGCUGGUCAUGCUAGUAAAGAUUUCAAAGAUUUACGUAUGUCGUGUAAAUUCAAAUGUGGCUUUGUCUUAUCCUCACAACGUAGUGAAUUAAUGCUGAGACGUCAACAAAAGUUGAAUCACUCUGGGAGUGGAUCAUCAUUAGCGCGGAAUAAAAAAGAAGCUGGUCGACGGGCAAAGUCAUUGACAAAUCUUUUCAAUCGAUCACUUAGUAAAGAGUCUAUCGCUUGUGUACGACGUCAAGGCAGUGUAACAGAACGUUCAGCACGUGCUGUGCCUAAAUUUCAACAAACACCUGAAUCAGUUUUCACUUUGGAUCAGGUGGAUGCAAUUGAUCCCGAAACAGUUGAAACAUUUUCUGGUCAAUGGGAAGCAGAUUCACGGCAUGGCUACGGUGUAUGCGAACGAUCCGAUGGUGUUAUCUAUGAAGGUCAAUGGGUUAGAAAUCAACGACACGGUUAUGGUCAAACACAUUUUCCAGAUGGUGCAUGUGAACAAGGCAGAUAUCAAAAUGGAAAAUUAGUAUUUCUGUCAUGGCCUAAAGGCACUAAACCACAUUUAUUUUUAUAUAAUUAUCAUAUAAUGCGUGAGGUAGCCAAUGCUGUGAAGCGAGCAAGGAAUAUCGCCGAGGAUGCACAGAUCAAAGCUAAAGAGGCUAGAGAAAAUCUGUCUAAAGUUGAAAAUGCUGUCCAACUGUCAAAGAAAGCAGCAGAAUUAGCCAGAGAUUAUUCCUUGGAAACACGUGAAUUAGUUAAAGAAAUGUAUCCGGAUUUUGAACAACCAGGUAUAAAGUAUUUAGAAGAUAUGGUACGUCUUAUGAAGGUGACAAAACGUGGCAAUCAAGCCUUCGAUACUGCACUUCAAGCAGCUAAAGAUGUUAUAGCUGGUGUGGAGGCGAAUUUAGCCGAGCAGGCAGAACAGCAGAAUCAACAGCAACGACAGCAGCAACAACAAAGCGAAGAGAACAUUCAUUCAUCAAUGAACUUGGAUGUAUUAAAUCCGCCUAAGAGUAAGACACCAGUAUCUAGAGCUGGGUCAUAUCGUUUAAAACGACGCGGUAAACAUAAAACAGCCAAUCAGAAAGCUGGCAAAGAUAAAUCACGUCAUGGAGGAGAUGUGAAAAAUGUUGAAUUCUCUCCUGGUGAUGAAACAGGUGGGCCGUUAACUCUUCAAGUACCCCAAUGGAGUACAAAUGAUUCCUCCUUUCAUCAAACAGACAAUAUGAAUUCUGUAGAUAAUCUGUUAAAGAAGCCUAAUUUACAUGCAUUCAGUCCUAAUAAUAAUAAUAAUGGUCGUUAUUUGUCAAAUGAAUAUGAAGGCGAUAUAGAUCAUAAUUAUGAUGAUGAUAUUUCGUAUGAAUGUGAUUCAGUUGAUGAAGAAACUCGUACAACACGAAGUUCAUCUGAAGCAUCCAACUAUGUCAUUCUACCAACAAUUGACAUGCUUAAACCUCCAUCAGAACUUCCAGUAAUUCCGCUGAAUAAAUUAAUGUCAAAUACAACAGUUAUGGAUGAUCACUUUGGUCAAUAUAAAAUAACACCGAAACGAUCUCCUGCUUCAAAUGAUGAAUAUCAAUGGCCAACAGAAAGGCUUAUACAACCUCGAAGCGUAAACACUUUGAAGUCUUCAAUGCAUUCACCAGAUGCCUUCAACACAGAACUCUUAAGUGGUUAUGAUGUUAAGACAUCAACAUAUUCGCAUACAGAUGAAGCGCAUGAAACUGGCAGAGGACUUGUACGACGUAGAACAUUACCAGGAUUUUCAACACAACCUCCGCUGGAUUUAAGUAAAUGUUCUAAUUUACCAACACUUAAAGAAAAUGGAAUAGCCAAUGAUCAAGAUUCAUACGCUUAUGAAUGGGGUGAGCUGACGUCACCAGUUACAUCAUCGAAAAGUUGGACUUCUCAAAGAGACGAUACUACAAAUGAUGAAAUGAACAUUAUUAAUGUCAAUGUCAACUAUGAUCAGGGGAAUGAAAAUCUCUCCAAUUAUCCAUCAAUUAAUAAUCAAUCGAUUAUAUAUUUAGUAGACAAUGGUAUUCGUAAAAGAGCAUAUGCCUAUCCUACAGAGACUUAUUCAAGUUCAAGUCAACAACCAUCAUCGUUAACUCCACCACCGCAACAACUACUCUCACCGUCUUCAUCGUCUACGCCUCCAUUAUUAUCUCCAUUAACACCUCCAGGUUCUCAGAUUAAAACAAACUCAGGUAUAAAGACUACAUCCUCACCAGUAUCCUCUUCCUCCUCACAUUCGACCUCCCCCUACACUAGACGUACAUUUACAUUACCUAUCCCAUCAAAUUUAUCAAAUAUAAAAGAUAAUUCUAACAGAAUUGAUACAGAUAUCAAUACUGCUUCACUAGCGAAUAAUAAUAAUAAUAAUGGUAGUAUUCCGCGUAUAUCUACGCCUACAGGGAUGACUAAUCAACGACUUCAAUCUCCACAACGAUGUAAACAAUCAUCACCAUUAGUUGUUGCUAAUGUUCUACUUGAAGAUCCACAGGAUACAAUAUUAGAACUGCCUACAUAUUUUAAAGAAUCACAAGUAAAUUUAUGUCAGAAUAUGAAGAGGAGAAGUGUCCCAGAUUUUACAAAACAAAGUUCAACUUUAUCGCCUAGUGAUUUACAAAAGUUAAGUGAAGAACAUAAAAUCAAGUAUGAAGAGAUAUUGGCUAGAAAACGUCAAGGUGAAAUUAUCAUACAACUUGUAGAUUUUUUUGAUUGGUGCAGGGUGAAUAUAUCAUUAUUAGCCUUUAUUUUAGUCAAUUGCUUGUUGGCUUAUUUCUUCUAUAUUAUUAUAUAUCGUUGA